AUGACGACUGAACCACCAACACCUGUGGCUAUGCUCAUUGGUACCGCAAUUAUUGCCGGCAUAAGUGGGUAUAUGAUCGGGAUGGCGGCAUCUCUGGGGCUUGUGCCCAACCCGUUCUCAUGGCUUUUUGGCAUUUCCGACGCUGAUUCGAUUGCUGACGACGCGAGUGUUGAAAGCGAGGCGCAAGACAUUGACGAUAGUCUACUUGAUCAUGCACCAAACUGGACCAAUUCUACUGCUGCGGAUGAGAAGGAUGGCUUACGCACGCCGGUAACUGCGCGCUUGGCCCCGCUGUCGAAUGAUGAAGAGUGCAAGCUUGUGCUCCUGGUUCGCACUGAUCUCGGUAUGACUAAAGGCAAAAUCGCGGCUCAAUGCUCGCAUGCCACACUCGCCUGCUACAAGCAUCACUUGCGCGCCAAACGAACUUCGCCUCUGCUCCGUCAAUGGGAGCGACAGGGCCAAGCUAAGAUAGCCUUGCAAGUCAAGAGUGAAGGCGAGCUCUCUCUUCUUCAAGAUAAGGCCUUAAGUCUCGGCUUGGUUGCUGAGGUCAUAACCGACGCUGGUCGUACCCAAAUUGCUAGCGGCUCUCAAACCGUGCUUGGAAUUGGCCCUGCGCCCAGAAGCAUCAUUGAUCAGGUCACUGGCCACUUGAAAUUGCUUUGA